CACUCCGUCUCCCCCCACGACGACUCCCGCUUCUCCCUCGUAGGGUUUCUCCCUCCCCUCUCUUCUCUCUCUCUCUGCGCGAAUGGAAGGAGGAAAUCAAUUCAUCAGAGAGGAAAAAAGAAGAUGGAGAUCCGAGAAUCGUUGUCCGUGCGUCGCUCCUGGGUGGUUGCUACAGAACGGUACAGUAUAACCUUGUAAAUACGUGAUUACUGUCGUGCUUCUUCUAGCGGUGGUGGAUCUAGUGAUUGGUUACUUAGUAUUUGUAGAUAAAAAUGGAAGUGAAGAACGCAGAGGGAUUGGCUGAUGGCCGGAAAGUUUUGGUUGGCUUGAAGAGAAAGCGUGCAGUUCGUUGUGCAGCUUAUUUUAUUGCUGCUGCAACUAGCCCAAAGUUAUCCCCCAAUAAGCGCUGCAAGAGAGCCACAUCAGAAGGCUACAGAAGUUGCUGCAGAUGUUGCUCUGGCAAGUCGCUGCUAAGAAAUUAUAUGAAUUUUAUGAAAAGUGGAUUGCCCCAGCGAGUCAUGUACUAUCAGACUGGAGAAUGGGACGAUAUGCCGGUUGAUUGUAUCCAUAUCUUCAAGGAAGCUUUUAAAUGUAAAAAAACUGUGGUAGAAGUUGUGUUUCAAAGUCAAUGCACCUUAGUAGAUUUUUCGUAUAUGACCAUGUUUGAUCUAAAAAGAGGAUUUCAACGACCAAUUGCAUGGAUUGAUGAGUCCGGCAGGUGCUUCUUUCCCGAGUUAUUUUCUGAAAGCAGCUAUGAGUGCAUCAGGUGCUAUGCAGAUUCAGGAAAAGAGGAGCAUUAUAAAUUUCCAGAACCUAAUGGAACACGUGAAAUUGAGAUACAUUGCAAUAUUGACAUCAGUGGAACUAAUGGUUCAAAGGCAGAAGAUCGCAAAAUUUAUGUCAGUGAUGCUAAACACAUCAGUAUGAAAGCAACACCUGAAGGUGAUAUGGAGGCAGUGCAAGACAAAGUUGCAUGUUCAAACACAGGCAUAGAAAUCAAAGAAGCUAUGGACGAAAGCGGCUCAUUUGAGCUUGCAACCAGGAAAUCAAUAUCCCCAACAUCUGAAAUCAUCAAAUAUAUCUCACAGGUUCCUGACUUAAAGUUGAUGAAUGAGAAAUUGGUUUUGCCAGUUAAUGAUGCCAAAUUCAAUGAAAUCAAGAGCACGUUUCUUGCAGGAUUUGGUGCACUUAUCAGUGCAAGUUGCAUCAUCGGGAUCUAUUGCAAUCCAUUUACAAAUAACUUUGCAAAUGCUAAGCUUCAAUCAUUCCAAAAUCAAAUUGAAAUUACGAGGAGAAAGCAUGGGAUUGCAAAUGUUCGUCGUGCUUGGUUUCCUGUUGCUAAAGGAGCAUUGGAGAUCAUGUUGCAUGGAUUUGGGCAUAUCGAACUUCCUAGCUGUAGAAUGGCUCAUGGUAUUGGGGUUCAUCUUCUACCAGCAAAUUGCUCACCUAUCAGUGCUAAUUUUGUUGAUGGUGAUGAAAAUCAUGUACAACAUAUGGUUUUAUGUCGUGUGAUUAUGGGAAAUAUGGAACAAGUUCCUCAGGGUUCUAAACAGUUUCAGCCCAGUAACGAGGAAUUUGAUAGUGGCGUAGAUGACAUUGAAAAACCAAACUAUUAUAUAGUGUGGAACUGUCAUAUGAAUACACAUAUAUACCCUGAAUAUCUAGUGAGCUUUGUGGUUCCCCCAGAUUCCAAAGGUCGUUUUGCUGGGGUAUGUCAAAAUCAUUGUAAACAUGAACUAUCGCAAGCCACAAAUUUGACACAUCAUCGGGACCAGGUUCAACCAAAUCCAAAAACUUUUAAUUCGUCGGCUAGUCCUCAACAACUAUCAUCUACAAUUGAGAGUGGUGAGAGGACAACCUCAGGACAUUCUUUAAGGCCUUCCAAAGCUCCGACAUCAGCGUGGAUGUCUUUCCCUAUGUUAUUGGAUGCCAUAUCCACUAAGAUUUCUUCUUCUAAUAAAAAUUUGGUGGAUACAUACUACCAUAAAUUCAAGUGUAAGAACAUAGCUCGAGAUGACUUUAUUAAGAAGCUGAGGUCAAUAGUGGGUGACGAGGUGCUGAUUUCUACAUUGAAGAGCUUUAAGUGCAAGUCACCUGGAAUAGCAAAACCAGAAAUUGACGACUGACAAAAAAACUUUAAACGGAGUGUUAAUGAAGCUGCGUGGAGUUCAUCCUUGUACCAAUAAUCGAACAAUAAGUUAUCUAUUUUAUAAGACAGUUAUUGAGCUAUUCUGUUCAGAUUAUUUCUUACCUAAGUUGGGAAGAAGGUAUGUGGUUUGGGCUGUUGUUUUCUUUCUGAAGUUUUCCUGUCCAUCGGUUUUUACUAUCCGUGAGGAAAGGGCGGUACUGCUUCUGCUGCUUGUAUUGUCUAUAUUCGUUUAUGGAGGAACAUGUGUAUAUAUAGUUUUAUGUGCCUUAUUGAACAUUUUUGUCUGUUAA